AUGAUUGCUUCCCAGCUGCCCAUGUCCGACCUUGUGGGCAAAUUCGAAAAUCUGCAGGAAGAAGUCGCAGUGCUCAAAGAAUGCCUUUACGCCAGCGGUGCUUUAAGCCACGACCGAUUCGUGGCGCGACUUCACCGGGAACGCUUUGAUCGGAUUUGUCGCAAUUAUCCGCUGCAUCUUGAUGGCACGGCGACGUUGUCUCGAGCGUUCGGGCUGCAUGAGCUGACAGUGAGUGUUGUCAGCUUGGCUAGUGUUGCAGCUGUGCGAGCACUUCGAUCUGCAUCCCAUGCUGUCGGGCGAGCUGCCUGCCGCGCAAAGCCCGCGGCUGACCUGGUCGCAGCGAACAACCAGCGCUGCCCUGUCGAAAGCGCCCGCAUGGUGGCUUCUCCAGGCGGGCAGGCGCAGCAAGCGCCGUGGUGA